AUCCCGGCGCCGCCAGCUCCGCCCCUCCUGCGGCUCCGGGCCCACCUGGUGAAUCGGCUUAAUCCGAGGCAGCCGGACGGAACCUGGUUGGAAGCCGCGUGGGUCCUGGAGCAAGCGGGAGCCCAGGGUGCAGCGCACGCGGGAAGCCUACGCCGCGGAGUCGGCGCUUUCCGCCGUCGCCCGCCGCGCCGCUGGGGCUGGUGUCGUUCCCCGGGCCUAAGAGAAAGUGGGCGCGGGCGCCGGAACGUGGCCGCAGCGCUUUUCGCUAAAAUUUGAAACAAAUCUGUAUUCAUGAAGAAGGACUGCAUACAAACCACAAUAUGUCAGGAAAGGAAAAAAGAUCCAAUAGAAAUGUUUCAUUCUGGGAAGCUGAUUAAAGUUUGUGCCCCAAUGGUUCGAUAUUCAAAGUUGGCUUUUAGAACACUAGUAAGAAAAUACAGUUGCGAUCUGUGCUAUACACCAAUGAUAGUUGCUGCUGAUUUUGUCAGAUCUAUAAAAGCCAGAGACAGUGAAUUUACCACAAACCAAGGUGAUUGCCCAUUGAUUGUUCAGUUUGCUGCUAAUGAUGCAAGACUUUUAUCUGACGCUGCCCGUAUAGUCUGUCCUUACGCGAAUGGAAUAGACAUUAACUGUGGUUGCCCUCAGAGAUGGGCAAUGGCAGAAGGUUAUGGAGCUUGCUUAAUAAACAAGCCAGAGGUUGUUCAAGAUAUGGUGAAACAAGUAAGAAAUCAAGUGGAAAAUCCCAGAUUUUCAGUAUCUAUUAAAAUAAGGAUCCAUGAUGAUCUUACAAGAACUGUAGAUCUUUGUCGAAAGGCUGAAGCCACGGGAGUUUCCUGGAUUACAGUCCAUGGAAGAACUGUUGAAGAAAGACAUCAGCCUGUUCACUCUGAGGCCAUUAAAAUAAUUAAGGAAAAUAUGUCUAUACCUGUUAUUGCUAACGGAGACAUAAGAAGCUUAAAAGAAGCAGAAAAUGUGUGGCAUAUUACUGGGACAGAUGGUGUGAUGGUUGCAAGAGGACUCUUAGCAAACCCAGCCAUGUUUGCUGGAUAUGAGGAAACCCCACUGAAAUGCCUCUGGGACUGGGUUGACAUUGCUCUUGAACUUGGAACUCCUUAUACAUGUUUCCAUCAACAUUUAAUGUACAUGAUGGAAAAGAUAACUUCAAAGCAAGAAAAAAAAGUAUUUAACGCUUUGUCAAGCACAUCAGCAGUCUUAGAUUACCUUACAGACCAUUAUGGGAUUUGACUGGACUUCCUAAAUUAUUUUAAUAUGUAUUUCAACGAAAUUGUUUUUAACAUUUUUAAAUAAAACUUUUUAUUUUACUACUAAAAGUAUGACUCAUAGUA